CCUGCGAAAUGACAACACGCUUAGUUUGUUUAGUUUCGUGGUGUAGGAAAUCGUACUGUCGACGCUAACAUCACUAAUCCCAGUUAUUCGCUCUAAACGGAUUUUAUCAAUGGAUAUUUAUAGCGUAAACCAACCCGCUGAUUGCGUUUCAAUGUGUGUGUAGUGCUAGCAUUCGCAUUUUUCUUUUGGAGUAUUAUUUUUAAAAAAAAACCUUAUCAAAACCCCUAUCCACAGUCUCGUUUCUUAUACACUGCAGGCUUGCCCGUGGUGAUGGAGUUUCCCUAAAAAACGAGGAAUGUUAUUCACUUAUGAGGAUACCCUGCUCACCCAGGUCUAAAGGGAGGGAAUAAUGCAGUGGUUAUUUUCUUACUGGAGUACCUGCACAUCAUCAUGCUGGGCCCUUUUGCUGGGGCUAGUUGCUGUUUCUGUGGCAGACAACUACUUCUCCAAAUGCGACAUCACGGAGAACUUCGUCUCCGAGUUCGUGUCGGCCACGUUCCGGAGCCUGGAGCCGGGCUACAGCUGCGAGACCAACAGCACCGGCUCCAAGGACAGGGAGGUGCAUGUCAUCUCCGUCCGGCUGCCGGCACCCAAUGACAAGGAGCGGAUGUCAUCAAAUGACAAGCAGAGGCUGACAUCUGUUCACGUUGGGAUACAUUCGAGGAAAAAUGCUGACUUUAAUGACAUCGAAGGUGUAGACUUCAAAGAGGAAAACCGGCCACUCCUGAUUGUCCUCUACUCUACUUCACCUGUAUCCUGGGCUCUAGAGAUGGACGGCGUCUACAGCCAGAAGAAACACCUGUUUAUAACAUCAGACGACUCGGAGAUCAGAUUCCUGACCAAACGAACCAAGCAGAUGGCCAAAGACUCGAGGCGACAAAUGCCCCACAACAGCAGCGACAUCUACCAGUGGGCCAAGGACAAGUUCAGGUCGGUCACGUCCUACAACGAAAUAGCCAACGACAACAUCAAGUUCUAUGUGGGUCGAGACGCCAGAGCCUCAGCUGAGUGUGACGUGACAAAGUUGACACCGAGCAUGCGCGUCUUCUCCUUUCACGAGGUGUCCCAGCCAAUCAGCGGAUGCACAGCUAAAAAUAGACACAACGCGAUAUCAUUUGCAAAACCCACCUAUGUGAUAGAGCUGAUCAGCCCUCCCGCCCCCUCCCCGGGCAUGGUUGGAGUGGACCUGGAGGUGCUGGCCUACUAUGGGGAGGAGGAGAACCCCCUAGCGCUGGACAACAGAGAGUUCAGCCUGGUCAUCAAGUCACCCCCCAAUGUCAAGUGGUCGCUACAUUCUAAAAAUAUCCCCGGAUGGGUGGAGAUUGUGGCUGACGCUGAGGUGGUCCGCAAUGGCAUCAGGUUCAGCAACGCGGCCUACAGACCGGAGAUGAUUUCAGCCACUGGCCGCAAGCUGAUCGACUGGUCGCAGGAGUUCCUGGCCCCCGUACACCUGUAUGCUGGUGUACGCGCUGCCAACACCAUCAAACUCUGGGUCCCACCCAAAAAUCAUAAGAAGAGCCAGCUGCCUGAUGUCAAGCCAAACUCUAACAAGAUGGAGAGGAAUGGCUCUGUGAAAGUGGGCCGCAACCGGCUACAAAACGCAAUCAAGGUCACCUGCACUGACCAGUACAUGGAGGUGGCUGUCUCCAAGAAGUUUAUGCAGACCAUCAAGAAAGACCUGUCCAGAGUCUCGCUCAAUGACUCGUCCUGUGGACAGACUGGAGAAAAUGAACACAGCAUCCUCCUCAAGACACGGCUGACAGGAUGUGGCACGACGUCCGUCAGGAAAGAUGACAAACUGGUCUUUACAAACACUCUGAUUAUCCAGGUACCACCUGGUAUAACAAGCACCAUCUUGGUAGAGGAGCUGGGCAGCGGAUUCAUGGAUGAUGAGCACGGAUCAGGUCUGGGGGACGGAGGCUUCACGGAUGACGAGGACUUGUACGGGAGAAAGACAAUUAAACAGGAUGUGGAGUGCAAAGUUCAGAUGAUAAUCAAACCGCCCCAACCCACCAAGUCCCAGUGUGACCUGACCCUGUACAGGGAAGCAACUCUAGCUGUACCUGUGUUGGACUACCCUGUACACAUAGUCAAGGACUCCACCGUCUACGCCAUGGCCAGAGUGGGGGCAGGCUACUCUAUCCUCCCAGACGCAUGCUGGUUCUCCAAUUCUAAAGAUCCAAAUGACAGAGAGGCGCAGAUCAGCUAUGUUGUCAACAGCUGUCAGGAGUUAACCCAGUCAGCUGCGUACUCCGAGCCGCUGAUGGGCUCCAAGAUCCAGGACAUCAAGUUCAACCUGCAGCUCAGCGACUACUUCCACGGCUACCCGCUCUACCUGCACUGCCAGUUUUACACCUGCAGGAAGGAGAACGACACCAGCCAUACUAAUUGUUUUAUCAACUACAGAAAUCGUUGCCGUCAAAAUGAGCCCAAUGCGAAGGAGCGAACAGGCCCAAACUGUGGGCCCCUGAGCCUGGGCCCUAUCCACCUGGAGAACAUCAACAUGAACAUGAACAUCCCUUCAGUGUCCCAGUGGCCAACAGGUGGGAGAGUUCCAAAAAAAGAGAGCAAACCUCACGAUGACACAAACUACAACCAGCAGCAGAAGAUCAUCAUUGAAGGCCUGGACUCAGCCACAGUUGUGGGAAUAGCCUUCGCUGCAUUCGCCAUCGGCAUCUUCCUCACUGGUGCAUUGUGGUUCAUACACUCUCACACAGGUGAUGUGGCUUGUUGCCCUAUCAAACAAGGGGUGACAACUCGCAGACAGCCGGAGGUCGCUGGUGACAUGACACCCAACUCCUCCUCACCCAUGACUGCGUAGAAAAACCAUUUAGUCAACCCGAAAAUACUAAAAACCAUUACGCCAACCAGAAAAUACUUCCGUGCAUCAACAGUUGAAAGGAGGAAAAAUAUCAAAAACUGCAAUCACCUAUAACAGAAUACAGGGCUGUUUGUUCAACAGAAUACAGGGCUGUUUGUUCUACAGGAAACUUGUGUGUGGCUCCCACUGCUUACACAUACUGUGUGUAAAUAGUCACCCAUUACAUUCAUAACAGGUGUGUGAAUAGCCGCACAGAAAAAUGGCAUAUUCUGCUAGGAUCAACAGACCUAAUUUACGAUGUGAUAUUAUCGUCAGAUCUGUAUCAGUAUUUUCUCAGUUUACCUCACACAAAAUUUUCUCAGUUUACCUCACACAAAAUUUUCUCAGUUUACCUCAUACAAAAUUUUCUCAGUUUACCUCACACAAAAUUUUCUCAGUUUACCUCAUACAAAAUUUUCUCAGUUUACCUCACACAACAUUUUCUCAGUUUACCUCAUACAAAAAUAUUUAAAUACAAGCUUGAAAGUCAGAGUUUAAACAAAGAUAUAAUAAAUUAUAUUUAAAUUAUGUUACUACAUGCUAAAUUCUCAUUGAAGCAAGGUAUGAGGAAAAAAAAAUCAUUGCAUUUUAAUGAACAGAAUUUGUUGAUACAAAAAUGGUUGAAACACUGUUAGAGAGAAGUGAAUGUGCACAUAGUGGUGUAAAGUCAGGAUAUUUUCAUAUCUCUCUCAGUCUACAUUUAGAGAGAAGUGAAUGUGCACAUAGUGGAGUAAAGUCAGGAUAUUUUCAUAUCUAUCUCAGUCUACGGGUACCUAAACCACAGAGGUGUGUGUUCUCAUUGCUUGUGCUACACAAGUUUACCUCAUCUGAAAAAACAAAACUUUUUGGAAUGUUUUUUUCCUGUUUGUCACCAGCCAUACAAUGAACUGUCUUGAGAGUUAUCUCCCUGCUCAGCUCUUCAGCAAAGGGGGAAAAAAAAAUUCUGUGAGAGAAGGUUGUGUUCCAGGAGGAUUUAAAACUGAUGACUGUGUGUCAAUGGAUUAUAACAAAAGGAUCCACUGAAGCAAAGUAAACAAAACAAAUUCUUGACAGGAUUAUAUAAACAAGGAAAAAAUCCUACUCUAUUGUUAUAAUUUAUAAAGUAUUUCAGAUAUUCAGGAGGCUGUUCUGUAAUUAAUUUUAAAAGUUUACAAUUUUUUGUCUGCAUUUCUUAUGGUGUACAUUCUUGACAGAAAUAUAUAUAUUGAUACUAACUAUGUUGUUACCUAACUGGAAAGUUUCUAUAUUGAUAUAACUUGUGAGACUUUAUUGCCAGCAUUACAUCCGAGGCCGAGUGAAUAUUUGUUCAACUCCACUUCAAAAUCUUCAAUGAAUUUUUCUUUGAUUUGUAAAACAAUGGACUAAAGAGGUGGUGACAAGCUUCUUCUAACUGUCAAAUAAAAAACAUUUUCCUACGGGUUGCGUUUGAUGUUAAUAUCAUGAUUGCUGUUAACAUCAUGAUUGAUGUUAACAUCAUCAUUGCUGUUAACAUCUUGAUUGCUGUUUAUCAGAAAAUUCUAGAUCUGUAAUUAUGGGCUUUUUUAUUUUCAUUGUUUAUGUCAAUCUUUUAUCUGUGUUAAAUUAAAAUGAAACUAAUGACAAAAGUAAUCAGUAUAAUUAGCUCAAAAUUUCACAGGGUUAAUAAAAGCACAGUUUUAAUUGAUAGCAUUUGUGUAUUUUCUUACAACAUUUGGAUAGGAAAUGAUAUAUAGUGCUAGAGUUCAGAUUGAAUUCACAUUUCAAAAAAGCAUAACAAUAGGUUUGAUAUGUUGUGACUAAAAGUAAAUCAGAAAGGUUAUCAUACAGUAUUUCUUCUUGAAUUGUAAUGUUUACAUAACUUUUGUCACUACAUUUUCAUAUGACUACAUUACAUUGGCAGUAUUUGUAUUGUUAUAAUUCAUCAAGUUUUCCUAGCCUUACAAAUAAUUUUUGGCUUUAUUCUCAAGGCAUACUUGGCAACUACACUUCUAAUGCAUUGUAUUUUUUAGACAUAUUUUGUGUAGCCAGGUUUUUUAUUGGUAACUUCCUAUUUAUAGCUGAAUCUUAAAUUAAGUUGCUUGUCAAAAUCAUGUGACAACUGUUCAACAUAUUAGAUUUAUCACAACUACUGACUUGUAUUAUUUGUGGAUAAACAACUAAAUCAACUUUUUUGGACAUAUUUUACCACCAUAUUUCAUGGGUCUCCUGUAUAGUUUUUAGUUAUUCUCUAUUUUCUUUGCAGUUUUCUUUUAAGUUUAAAUUAUUUUUUAAUUUGAAAUUAUAUUAGGUCUACUAAUUUUUUUUAUCCUCCUGUAUCUCCUAAAAUUAUAAGUUGUAAUAAAAAAAAGUACUGUCUGUUGAAAGCCCCAAAAUUCUAUUGAUCUCAGGGACAUGUAAUCUCGCUUAUGCCUGCUUGUCAAUUCAACAUCAGUUUAAAAAAAUUUCCUUUCUUCUGCUUAUCAAGUUUAAAAAUCCUAUCCUAUGUUGCAUUUGCUAUGAUAACAUGUGUUAAAAUGAAGAAUAAAUAAUUUAAAAUUAGCAUUUAAGAAACAUUUAAAAAUUGAAACUGAUAUUUUUUAUUUAUUAAUAAGUCUGCUGUGUUUUGUUGUUGGAAGUCAAUAAAUCUAGCAUAGCUUUACCAGGUUAAGAUUGGCAUAGGCUGAAUGUUUUGUUAUUUACUGGACUUGCACAUUUCCUCUCCUAAGUCUCCAAUUUCAGCUUGCUUGUGUUGGCUGGUAGGUAAACUAGCUGGUUGUAAAGAUGAUUUGGUACAGCUUAAAUUUUUUUUUUAUUGUACUGUUUUUUUUCUUCUUCUUGUUUCUUUUCUUAGAGCUAGUAGAUUUGUAAAAGUUCAAAACCUAUGUUUUU